AUGCCGCCAACAAAAACGUAUAAUUCAAAGUCUUUUAAGCCUUUGAUACAAUCCAAAACAAACAAACCGUCCCCUGUAGAGAAAUCUCUCGAUUUACAGAUUAGACAUUGGUUAAAACGUAAGGAUUUACUUGUAAAGGCAGUAAAGUAUCAGAAGACUAAUGAAUCCGCAAAAAUAAAUGCUUUAAUAGACAAAUGGCGGGGGAUCUGCCAUCAAGCCUCAAAUUACUUACUAAAUUCAAUGCAAGUCAAAAUUAUGCAUAUGGGCGGGUAUUCAACAUGGAAACAACAGCAGAAGGAUAAGAAGAUAAACCAAUCAUUUGAUAAUGAUUCAUAUAGAGAAAAUCUAAGUGAUUUUGUGAAUACUGAAGAGUUCACGCAUUUAUCAAGCUAUGAACAGAGUGAUAUAAUGGAUCAGUUAAACGAAAAUUCCAAUCAAUCUAUCCUGGAAAACGAGACAGAAGAGACAAAUCUAGAUGACCAGCUAACUAUGAACGAGCUAUAUCGCCUUUUAAACAUAAAUUAUGAUUUGAUUUACAACUGA